AUGUUGCGCACUGUUAGAAGUAUGACUUACCACCGUUCCUAUGCUGGGGCCAUGGCGUUAUUCCAUGGAAAGACACCCUGCAUGGCGGUUAGAAACAUAACUACUGAGAGAAUCCCCAGUCCUCCAAAGCUACCACGAGAAGAGCAGGAGGAGUUUGAGAAACUGCAGAGGAUCGCCUCCUCACAGGAGGCCAUAGACCAGUACAACGAACAAAUAGCCGGCGAUCACACGAAGGAAAGCUUAAACUCGCCACUUUUGACCAAGAAUGACAUUGGGUCAUUCUCACCUGAGUUUUCCAAGACCAUACCUGAGUUCGAAGGCGACGUUAAUCCCAAGACCGGUGAAAUUGGAGGGCCCAAGCAGGAUCCCUUGAGGCAUGGAGACUAUUCGUUUAAUGGAAGGGUCACUGAUUUCUAG